UUCUCUCUCUCACUCUCUGCGCCUGUCUGUGUAUAUGCAGAGGGCUAGAGAAAGCCGGCUGCACUACCUGAAUAGCUGUUGAAAGAGUGAGACUUCUCAGCUCCUGCUUCAUUACUGGGUAGCAGCUAUUCCAGUGUGUAAGAGAGCCGAACUGCAUUCUCCCCUCGAAAACCCUUUGAUCAGGGACAACGUAAACCGUGGCAGUUCAAGCUCCCCUCACAUCCUUCCACCUGCUUGCCCCAAGACUGAUCCAAAGGACUACUUCUAGGGUGAACAGGUUUCAUUCCCCUUCACCAAUACUUCAAGGCACAGAGGAGUUGGUACAGGCAUUGCCAUGAAACCUAACUUGAAGCAAUGGAAACAACUAAUGCUGUUUGGGCUAUUUGCAUGGGGUCUCCUUUUCUUGGUGAUCUUCAUCUAUUUUACAGAUAGCAACACUGCUGAACCAGUUCCAAGUUCCUUCUCUUACAUUGAGACGAAGAGGCUCCUGCCCAUUCAGGGCAAGCAGAGAGUUAUUAUGGGAGCAAUACAUGAUCCAUCAUCCUCUGAAACCAUAGAUAGGAACGAGGUGCUUCUUAACGAAGAUCUCUUAGAUUCAUUUAAAUCGGGGACCGGAAGCAUUAAAAAGUGGAUUGAUCUAGAGGAUGGCUUUGAAAAUGAAGAAGAGUUUUUUCCUUCCCAGGUAGGGAGAAAAUCAAAAUAUGCUUUCUAUCAAGGGGAUGACAACUAUUUAUUUGCUGCUGGUCAGCCUCAGCAACACAGCAACAUUCAAGAGCUAGUGAAAUUCAUCUCUCCCAAUGAGGAUGAUCAGAAGGAAAAUGUUUUACAGGAAAAAUGGACCCAUGAGAAAAGAACAAAGAAAAGAAACCCAACACGCAGGAGAAGCCAGCUGUUUGAUGAGUCUGAUGAUUGGGAUGGGUUAUAUUCCACAAUGUCAAAAUCCUUCCUUUAUAGGCUUUGGAAAGGGGAUAUCUCCUCCAAGAUGCUGACCCCUCGCCUGCAGAAAGCUAUGAAAGACUAUCUGAACACCAACAAGCAUGGGGUGCGGUUCAAAGGGAAACGACGAAACUCCAGACUGACAGGAGACCAGCUCAUCUGUGAGCUCAAGGACAGGGUGCAUGUGAAAACAAUAGAUGGCAAGGAGGACCCCUUUUCAGCUCUUGGAUGGGAAAAGCACGUUCCUCAAAUUCCACUGGGCAAACUGUAUCCACAUGGCUUCGGAAGCUGUGCCGUAGUUAUGUCUGCUGGUGCAAUACUGAACUCUUCUCUAGGGGAUGAAAUAGAUUCUCAUGAUGCAGUUCUGAGAUUUAAUUCUGCUCCUACACGUGGCUAUGAAAAAGAUGUUGGAAAUAAAACGACCAUGCGCAUCAUUAACUCCCAGAUUCUCACCAAUCCAAACCAUCACUUCAUUGACAGCUCAUUAUAUAAAGAUGUUAUUUUAGUGGCCUGGGAUCCUGCUCCUUACUCUGCAAAUCUGAAUGUGUGGUAUAAGAAGCCAGACUAUAACCUGUUCACACCUUACGUGCAGCAUCGCAGGAGGAAUCCAAACCAGCCAUUUUACAUUCUCCAUCCCAAGUUUAUAUGGCAGCUCUGGGACAUCAUUCAGGAGAACACUAAAGAGAAGAUACAGCCCAACCCACCUUCAUCAGGUUUCAUUGGGAUCCUCAUCAUGAUGUCCAUGUGUAAUGAAGUGCACGUGUAUGAAUACAUCCCUUCAGUCCGACAAACCGACCUUUGUCACUACCAUGAACUAUACUAUGAUGCAGCUUGUACCUUAGGGGCUUACCAUCCACUACUGUAUGAGAAACUGCUGGUGCAGAGGAUGAACAAAGGUUUGCAGGAUGAUCUGUAUCGGAAGGGGAAAGUAAUCUUGCCAGGGUUCAGGUCUGUAAAGUGCCCGGGACAGAAUCACUUCCCACACUUAUAAAAGUGAAUCGUUCAGAAACAAUGUGCAAUAAGGUACUACUGUCGUACUAUAAACAACAAAGGAAUACUUGAAAAUGUAUCUUAGACCAACCUAGUCUUGAGUCUAUAAACUGUAAUUAAGUAGCAGGCAUGAGAGUUCCUUCCUUCCUAAGCCUGAGUAUGUAUAACUGCUUUGCAAAUAGUUAAAGAAAAAAAGCUUCGCUCACGAAAGGUGCAAACGCACUGUUAGGUAGAAAUACAAUGUAUUGUUGUGGGCAUGACCUGUCAGAAAACAUCAGAGGUUUCUUAUGCCACAUGUACUAGAUGCCAAACUUAAAAAAAAAAAAAAAAAAAUUAACAGUUAAAUCUGACACUAUGAAGCAGCCUGUAUCAUU